AUGGGUUCGGCGAUGGGAGAUGAGAAAGACGCGUUUUACGUUGUCCGAAAGGGAGACAUCGUUGGUGUGUAUCGAAGCUUGAGCGAAUGCCAACAACAAGCUGCCUCUUCUGUAUCAGAUCCACCGAUGAGUGUGUACAAAGGAUAUGGUUGGCCACAGGGAGCACAAGACUUGAUAUCCUCUUUUGGGCUUAAGAACGCUCUCUUCUCUGUCAAUGCUUCUCAUCUCAAACAUGAUGAUGAUGCCGUCUUUGGGAAACUCAUUCCUUGUCCUCUUCAGCAACCAUCUUCUUCUUCCCAAGGAGAGUCUCUCGACAAGCCUUUCCAGCCUAAGAGAUUAUUGCAACAAAUGGAAACUGAUGAAUCAAGUUUCUUUGCCUCUAAUCAUCCACAAAAGCAUCUUAAGAUUGAAAGUGGCAGCGGCAUGGUUCCUCGCCUUGCUGUUCCUUCCAGUCAGUUGACUCAGCGUCCCAUACUUCAAAAUGAUUCGUGUAACAUUGAGUUUGACGGUGCCUCAAAAGGAAACCCUGGGAAAGCUGGUGCUGGAGCUAUUCUCCGUUCUUCACAUGAUAACAGUGUGCUCUUCUAUUUGCGCGAGGGUGUGGGAAUUGCCACUAACAACGUUGCAGAGUAUCGAGCUCUCAUUCUUGGUCUCAAGUCUGCUCUUAACAAAGGCUUUAAGAAUGUCCGCGUCCAGGGAGAUUCAAUGCUUGUCUGUAUGCAGGUCCAGUUACACUCUGCUUCACCCUAUCGUUCUUCUUUCUUUGUUCCAGUAUCAUCUCUAACUGUUUGGGAGCAGGUUCAAGAUCUAUGGAAAACUAAACACCCGAAAAUGGCUGAGCUUUGUAAACAGGCCAAGGAGCUUAUGAAGCAGUUUAAAUCAUUCCAUAUCCAACACAUUGACAGGGAAUUCAAUUCUGUUGCUGAUGCACAAGCUAACCAUGCCAUCAACCUCCCAGAGGGUCAAACGAAAGAGAUUGCAGGCGGCUAGAAGAAUACAAGAAAUUCAACUAAUUAAUUUAUAUAUUUCUGUUUGCUGGUUUAUGGGAUCUUGUCUUUAAUAUGCUAGCAGUAGUAUGUGUUAACAUGAUGAAGGAACAUGUUCUUGUGCUCUGUCCCCUGCCUGUUGAAUUCCCAAGAACAUGUCUAUCUUUUGCUUAUAUUCUGUUCAAAAGUGAUAAUGUUUUGUAUUUUCUCUACUUGAAAACAUUAUCAACGUUUCCUUGUUAUGCGGUCUUAUUUGUUUAUUCAAACCAUUAGUUCACA